GCGACGACGACAAUAAGGUCAACAUCCACCCUUCCGGCCUUUUCUCUUUACUGUACUUCUGCUGUGGCCGUGGAUUCGUGCCGUUCAAGGGCAGUGGUUCCGUGGAGGAUCAAAACAGACGCUAUUGCCCGUGGUUACCGACCUCCCCCCCCCAGCAACUAGAAAGACGAGUAUAGCAGUGUCGAAAAUCUCAAGAUAUGCCUCCUGAUAUGGUGGGCCGAGCGACCUCACAGACGUCGAGUGUUGCUUCUCAGACCACCCAACUAGUAGCACCACUCAGCCGCCCUGGUACCGCUGAUCUCAUGCGAUCACGAUCGGAAACUGUAGUAUCGAGAAAUAGCCGUCGCCCACGGUCGCGGGGCUCAACGGCGAGCAUUCAUUCCACCACGACUCAGCAGACCCAGGAUCAACAGAUCAACGACGGGUUUCCCCACUUCUUGCCCACGCAGCCUACUGGUCAUAGUGUCUUUGCCAGUAAUCCAGAGGAAAUCAUCAUGCGAUUUGGACAGCAACUGUCGCACCAGGUAAACGGCGCAUCGCUCGACCCAACGCUGCAAGAUGCUCACCAUGCCGUCAUGCCACGGGCGGAGGAGUUCGCUGGUCAUGCCAUGCACAGUCACUUAUCGCAUCACUCACUGUCGGGGGGUAUACCGAACCACGGCUUAUCUAGCGUGCCGAUGCCACAAUUUGCGGCAAUGUAUGAUAGUGGGAUUGAGAACCACGUGCCGGAACACAUUCUGGAGGAGAACGAAAAUUCCGAGGCUGGCGCGAAAAAGAAGAAAGGGUCCAGCUCCUCCCUUGCCAACGACAAUGAGCUUCGAAAGUUAUUACGUCAAUAUGAGGGAUUCACUCUGAAGCAGAUGGCAGCCGAGGUCCUGAAGCAUGAAGGUGCCGGAGGUAAGGCUGAAAAGGUGAAGCAGGUCUUCGCUAUGAUAUGGUUGAAGGAGAACUGUAGGAAAAGCAGCGGGUCGGUCAGACGUGAUCGCGUGUAUUGCUGUUACGCCGAGAAGUGUGGCACUGAACGUGUCUCGGUGUUGAAUCCUGCAUCAUUUGGGAAAUUGGUUCGCAUCAUCUUUCCCAACGUCCAAACAAGACGAUUGGGAGUCCGCGGUGAAUCGAAAUACCACUACGUGGAUCUGACUGUGAUAGAAGAGAAACAGCAGAAGCCGCCGCCACUAAACCCUCAGUUGCCGAUGAGCGGAAAUGGUUCAGAUGGUGUCGCAGACAGCAGAACUGACGAGAUGAUGCAGAAAAGUGUCGUACCCCAACCCCCUGCAGACACAGCCGAAUUCCCUUCUCCCACAACAUCAUUUACCCCGAGAUUCUCGGCAAAUAUCUCCAACGCGGGGUGCGGUUGCCCUACCUCAUCAUACUCCUAUGAUGACUCCUCCAUUACCCUUGAGAAUAUGGCAAGCCAAGCCGGCAAAAUCAUCCACCAGAUGCUUGAUCUGCCCUCAUGCGACACUCCUUCCAUCGAUAAUGAAGACCUCCAGCUUCCUAAUAUACAACAGUACCUCCCAGCCAACACGGACCCGAAAAUCGCUGCUGCCCUUGCAGCACUUUACCGCUCACAUUGCAUCUCUGUCAUUGAUAGUUUCCGUUAUUGCAAAGAAAAGAACAUGCUACGAUAUUUCUCGGCAUUCCAUGGCACCCUGACAGUCCCUGUGCAGAAGCUCUUGACGCAUCCGAACCUCGCUCCUUGGAUCAAAGAAUGCGAUUGGAUCAUGUAUCAAAAGAUGAUUGCGUUCGUCGCGCCACUCACCACUCAGGUUGUUCCGAAAUUGGUUUUGGAUGCCUUUUGCUCGAUUUCGCAGCGUCUAACAGCCCACAUAGCCGACACAUUUAAAACCCAGCCUACACAUGUUUCUUUGGCCAGACUGCUGCCAGCUCAUAUUUUCUGCAAUCUACUCAAGCAUAUGCUUGAUGUCAAUCAGUCUGCCAACGCGGCCGCCGCAUGGCUCUGCCACCCCGACAAUAGGAAUCAAAUGUGGUUCGAUUUCAAGACAUUGGUUGAUCCGAAAGAAAUGAUCAUGAAAGCCAAUAUUCCUAGCUGCGCAGAGCGUGCAGUAGAACAGAUAUUGAAGCAUGACAUUCGAUCUCUGCUCACACCAGUUACAGACGUUAACCCUUCCACCACCCUACCCUUCUUUACAAAGCCUGAUACCGAGGAAGACACCAAACUACACAAAUUCCCUGUCGAAGGGGCGACCGGCGAUGACUACAACUUCCCAGACAAGUGGAUCUCUUUCAUUUUGAAUCUCCCCGCGGCUUUCCCGCAUCAUCGCACGCAGUGUAUCAUACAGAAGGUCGAUGCUCUGUGGGAUUGCAUCCUGCGGCGACUUACCCUGGGUGGCGCCCAAAGCUUUAGCGCCUGGUGGAUGACUAAGGUCUUUUUCCAUGAGAUGAUGCAAUGGCAGGCCGAAAAAGGGGGAUUUAUGCGCUACAAACCAAGCACCCUGCAACAUGCUCGCAUGGGUGCAAACCAGCAAGGGCAGACUGGAUUUCUGAUGAAGCCCUCAACUUUGCCGAGCCAUGAAAGGAGUCAACCAAUGAUGACCGGUGAUUCUCAGCUGGGUAGCGAUGCAGGGGUAAGACCAACCCCAAGCUCGACAUCGGCAGAGAGCAUGGGUCGAACUCACGAUUCUAUGCCGCCCCAAGUGGAUGCGGACUCCAGCUCUAACGAUACCGAACCCGAGAAGCCUACCAACAUUCCUGAGAGCAUUGCUGGCUUCCAUGCUCCCAAUAAUGAUGAUAGUGCCAUUGAUCUUGACGACGACUCGAUGCUGAUGACCGUGGGUAAAUAUGGCGACAUGAUGGCUUCCGACCCAGCAGAUGCUGAGGGAGAUAUCGUGGUCAUAUGAUCUACCUCUACAUAUUCCUUCGAAUCUUCGUUCUUGGAUCCAAAAUUUGAGUUUUCUUUGUUUCAACGGUGGAGUUGAACUCUUUGCUUUUUCAGGAGUACCAUUUUGGUCAGAUUAUUUGUUUGAUGUCUCAUGUCUGAGGAGAUUCACCUUCGGCGUUCGACGAUCUUUGCACGAGAGAUGAGAAAUGAGAGCAUCGAUUCGAGAUAUUGUCAGCCACGUGAUACGUUAUCCCAGCACCAACUGCGCUGCUGCCAGGGUAUCAGG